AUGAAUCCUUUGGAAAGUAAAAACGAUUUGCAUACAGAACAAUUAUCUGCUAAAGUUUCUCGAUUGAAAAAUAUUGCAAUUGAUAUUGACAAUGAAACAAAAGAACACAAUCGUUUUCUUGAAUCAAUGCGUUUCGAUUUUGAUACAGCACGUAGCUUUCUUGGUGGAAGUUCUCGUCAUUUAGGGAAUGUUAUGUCAAGUGGAAAAGGUGAUCGACGAUUUAUGUGCUAUGUUAUUGGUAUAGCUGUGUUUGCUUUCUUUUUUCUAUAUUAUGUUGUAAACUCAUUUCGAAGUAAGUAA